AUGCGCCAGAAGGCACUUUUGGAUGCUUUUGGGGCAUUGAAUAGGAACACGAUCCGAUUUCCAGGCGCACUGGAGAGAGACCGUCGCCUGCACACGAAGAAGAUGAAGACCCUAUUUGAGGCAGCAGAUGAGUCGGGCGACGGCGUCAUCGAUAUGGAAGAGUUCAGACGGAUUUUUGAUCUGCCAGAGAUUCGGACUUGGCUUGCAGCGCAAGAUCUGCAAGUCACAGAUCCGGAUGUGUUGUUUAAGCUCUUGGAUGACGGGGAUAAGCAAUUGACAGCUGAAGAGUUGGUUCGGGGAGUGGAUCGGCUGAAGGGAAACGCCAAGAGUGUCGACCUGGAAGCCUUCAUCAUGGAGCAACGUGCUUUUGUAUCGCAAGUCUGUGCAGGACUUGGUCUUCCGGCUGUCUCACGCAUUUCUUUAGUCGGCCAGAAUUGA